AUGAGUGUGACGGGGGGAUCUUCUGGACUGAGCAUGAACACUGUGGAGUUAAAGCAUCAGUGGGCAAUGCAGAGAAGUCGUACUCAGGUCCAGACAUACUUGCUCUCCAGUUCUGUGCACCCACUUCCAGGCUCAUGCAGCAGAGAUGAUUUCAGACUUCCAUCGCUGUCCAGAUCAACACAUGGGCGGACCACCGCGGUGCCUCUCAGUAUCAGUGAGCCCUGCUUGUUCACCCCAGGCCAGAGAACAGUUUUCGAGGGGUUUUCAAAAAACCACCAUCCCCUUCUACACCAACCUGGCCCAUCUCUCUCCUGCAAGACCCUUGAGAAACCAAAGACGCCUCAGCAGCGUUAUCAUCAAGUGAUGCAGUUCUCUCAGCCUCUGAAGCCUGUACCAAUGGUUGGACAGGCCUUUACUCACAGUCAGCAGCGGGCCACAGAGAACAGAGGCCUGCAGCCGUUAGUGAGGCAGCGCAGGCAGCCUGUAAACCUACAGACUUUAUCUGUUAGAGAAAAGACUUGCCUUCCCACACACCAUUUACCCACAUCUUCAUCUAGUGCAUCUCGCACACAGCUGCACGUGUUCUUGCCUGCAGAGGGUGCAGGACAGGAAGAAGACCGGGACAGCGAGUCUGUUGAUGAGGGUUUCAUGGAUGAGCUGGAUAACAGAGUCACCAACCUGAGACUUCAACAAGAUCCAAAGACCCCCAAACAGAUCAAAAAAUCACUGACAGGUCAAAUGGUAAAAUUAACUAACUAGUGUCCUGCUUUUAAUUGUAGCAUUUCAUAAUUUGAUUUGUGUUGUAUGCUAACACCUAUAACUACAGAAAUGACAAGUUCAGUAUUUACCAUUUUGAACACUAGUUUAAAUU